AUGCUUGGCCCAGCCGAGAACGGACUUUUGCGCCUUGUCGAUGAAUUACUCCUCAACAUUAUCGAUCACAUCGACAACCAGGACGCUCUUUGUAGCCUUUCCGCGACAUGCACGCGGUUCCAAGGUCUCGUUGAACCCUACAUCUGGCGGAAAUUAGAAGUUUUGACAGGGGAUCAUGCACGCAACAUUGCCACAGCACUUGACAAAAGGGAUGACCGGACGGACUAUAUCCAAGAUCUGGCUAUUCGAUACAACGAUACAUACCGCGAUGGCGUAGAGGAAUUAAACCACUUUUUGAGCCUGAUGAGUAAACUGCGCCAUCUGCACAUUGAGAGUCCUUGCCCGAACAACGUGGAAUGGCAACACGGCGGUAUCUACUUUGAUGGGUACUCAAGGAUUGAUUAUACAAACUUGCUUGCAGCGUCAGUGUAUCCGCGUUCCGGAAUGCCGAUGACACUGCCGAUGCUACAGUCAUUGACCCUACACGCACACGGUUCGGGAGACAACAAAUAUAAACUAGGCCGCGCCGUUGCUAUGUUCAAACAUCCAAGCUUACAGAACAUCACAUUGUCGUGUUUGGACUUUGACGGAGAACUUGGAAUAUCCGCAUCGGAAACUAAGACGACGCCUCUCCGGUCUCUAACGCUUAUCGAAUGUAACGUCAACGUAAAGUUCCUUGAUGAAGUCUUGAGCUUACCCAAAGCUCUCAAGGAGCUGUCAAUUGGGGAGCGACUCCAUGUGUUCCAGGAAUGCCAACCAUCUAUGGACCCCGAACGCCGCACCUCCUCCCGUCAAUUUCUCCUUGCGUUGCAGAAGCAAGCACACUCGCUGCAGCGUCUGACACACUGCGGUGGCCAUGUCGGCCAUCUGACUCCGCGCGACACCGAUCCUGAAGGCGCUGAGAAGUUACGCUCCCUCGUUGAUCUAGAGUACCUCGAAUUGGGUUUUGAAUCACAUCUGUACUACUACCUACGGCAAAGCGGCUUUCCACCAGCCCUCAGAUCUCUCAAGAUGCUCGACUCUGCCAUCUCAAUCAACUCGGGUCACGAUCUGCGCUCGUUAUCCGACAUCGCCUUCCGCUCUCUCACGUCACUUGUAGAUGUCUGUCUUCCAAGAACACUGGUAGAUGACUUCACACUACACCUCAAGUUCUCGGAUCACUCGUUUUUCCGGCUCUUCGAGAUUGUCGACGCAACAGAACAAGCUCACCUCCUGAGCGCACUCUUCUUUGACCGCGCAGCGACCUACAAGAUUGCUUCGAUGCUCAAAUCCUACAGUACCAACUCCCACUUCCUUGUUUCGAGAGAGACUUUUCCAUCGGGAAAGUCUUUUAUCCCGCCAUACAUGCACGGUGAAGAACUUCCUGUCGAAGAGCUGAUGUACACCAGCGAUGACUUUUGGCGCUUCAACGGCAUCAACUACCGUAUCAUGGAUGACGAGAACUGGAGAGAUGAGCUCAAAAAGGGGAAGAAGCUUGCUAUCUGCAAGAGGUGUAAGACUAGGGGACUGGGUGUGGAUGCUUGUCGCAGUUUGGGUGACGGAAGUGCCUGCAUGCCUUGUAAAACGACUGAUUGGGGGGUGUGUGAAUGGGAGAGGGAUGAGAGGGGUGAACUAGUUGGCGCUGAAGACGUGGAAGUGAGCUCGGUGUAG